AUAACUUGGGAGAAGCUACUCACAAGCGUCUCAAUUGGAAUGACUGUGCAUGUGGAGACUGCCUUCAUCUUGAUUUUGAAAAGCAGCUGUGUGUUACGACUCUCACUGAUGGAGGACUUGUACAGCAGCAAUACAAACGCAGGCGCAUUUUCCCUCACAUUUGCAAGGCUCCUUCUGCAGCUGCCCAGCCCCAGGAUGGCGACGAUGCUCUUGCUGCUCUCCACGCUGGCAGGCCUUGUUGCCCAGGCCGAGGGACAAGCAUUCCACUUGGGGAAGUGCCCCACCCCUCCAGUGCAGGAGAAUUUUGAGGUGAACAAGUAUCUUGGAAGAUGGUACGAAAUUGAGAAGAUCCCGGCGAGCUUUGAGAAAGGAAACUGUAACCAGGCCAAUUACUCACUAAAAGGAAACGGACACAUCAAAGUGUUAAAGCAGGAGUUGAGACCUGAUGGAACCGUGAAUCAGAUCGAAGGUGAAGCGUCAUCACAGAGCAACAUCACAGAGUCCGCCAAACUAGAAGUUAAGUUUUUCCAGCUGAUGCCAUCAGCACCAUACUGGGUCCUGGCCACCGACUAUGACAACUAUGCCCUCGUCUACUCCUGUACCAACAUCAUCUGGCUUUUCCACGUCGAUUUCGUUUGGAUCUUGGGAAGAAACCAUUAUCUCCCUUCAGAAACAGUGAACUACCUAAAAGAUAUCCUGACUUCGAACAGCAUUGACGUCGAGAAAAUGGCCGUCACAGACCAGGUGAAUUGCCCCGACUUCCUGUAGUAGGCUCUGGAGGGCGGUGGCAGCCAUACUCUGUCACGUCUGCUUUGCUUCCCCCACCCCACCUGCACCUCAUAAAAACACAACACCACCCAUGACAACAGCUAUACACCCCGGUGGGUAAGUUUGCAGAAGCCAGUGGAGGGGAACUUGGGGAAAGUUGUCCAAACACUUAGUCUCUGCUCACCCUGCUGCCUUGACACCCGUAAUAAAUGUGUUGCUGACCCUCUGUG